GUGUAAAAUGGUCGUGGAAAAUACUGCUAAGGCUACAUCGGCUUCAUCAUUACUAAUCAUAUACAAAAUUCAAAUGUGGAAAAGUCUGUGCAUCUACAUACUUAUGUAAUGUUUAUUCUUUAAUAACUUGGUCCUCUUUUGCCGUUAGCUGAUGAUUAAUUCAGGCAUUUUUCCUACUCUGUCUCCACCCUCCAGGUGCUGGUAGUGCUGCUGAUGUCCUGGGCGAUGUGCGGCGUGGCUCACUCACGGGGCUUUCCGGGGGUCGUGCUGCCACAGUUCACCAACCCAGACACUGACGACCUCUACCUGGAUCCGCCAAACCUGACGCUCUUCGUGAGCAUCGUCAACGCGGGCGUCAUGGUGGGCUCCCUGGUCACCGGACAGCUGUUGGCUCCCUUAGGUGGUCGGGUGGUCAUUAUCAUCGGCUUGCCUCUCGGGGUCAUCGCCUGGAUCGGCCUCGUCUUCUCCUACCAGUUGUGGGUCCUCAUGCUGUGUCGCUUACUCAUGGGCUUUACAUUUGCACUGGUCAAGCCGUCCACAGUCAUGUACAUUGUCGAGGUAGCCGACGAAAGAAUACGCGGGCGGCUGGUGGGGGUGUUAUGCAUCGCCAGAGAAAUAGGGUUUAGCUCCUCCUAUUUCAUGGGUAGUCUGAAGCUAACCUGGCGACAGCUGAGCCUCCUAUAUGGAUGCUUUUUGAUCCCGCCGAUAAUUGCUUUGUUUUUUAUACCUGACUCCCCUCGCUGGCUAGUGGCCCGUGGCCGUGUUACCGAGGCCUGCAAGUCCCUCAAAUUCUUCAGAGGCUGCCACUACGAUGUUGAAGUAGAGUUAGAAGGAAUUGUGUCUCAAGCCAGUGCUGCCUCCAACAGCAAAAGUAGUUUCUGGCAGCAGCUGAAAUUUCUUGCUCGACCCCCAACAUUGCAAACAUUUAUUUUGUUAUGUACGCUCUCUGUUAUUUUUGCCUUUCAGGGCAUCGUAACAAUAACUCCGUACCUUAUGAUAAUCCUAGAUACCCCAGGCACCCCUCUGGAUCCCGCUGAUAGUGCCGUUAUGUGCAGUCUCCUCAAAUUGAGUGGUACAAUGGUCCAUAUCUUUUUAAUCGAUUUUAUAGGACGGAAACCAAUUUUUGUCGUCUUUUUAUCCUAUAUCAGUGUUUGCAAUAUUGUGUAUGGCUUUUCAUACACUCAGUUGCAGGAGGAUAGCGGUGCAGCUGUCUCCUGGCUCCCUCUCAUUUCAAUCGGUGUUUUACAUUUUUUCUCAGGAAUCAUCGUCCCCGUUAUUGAUUUGGUGCAAGGAGAACUUCUACCCACUGCCUGUCGGGCGGUCAGCUUACCAUUGUUAAUGUUAAGUCACAGCUUGGCCGUCUUUAUCUCACUGAAAACCUUUCUACAGAUGGUAGACACUCUGGGCAUGGAUGGAGUGUUUAGAUUAUUCACACUGGUCAGUCUGGCCAUGGCCGUGCUGACCAUUGUGGCGGUGCCGGAGACACGAUGUUUGUCGCUGGAGGCCAUUAGUAAUGGCAGUAACAGUCAAGCGAGACCCAAUACCACAGUCUCCGUAGUUACUGCCGACUCCCAUGAUCAACGUCUGUCAAAAAACAUCGUUUCAAAUCAAGGAGACAACUCUAGCUCUACCAAUGUGCACUCACAUAGCACUCACUUGAUUUGACUGAAAGUUUAUAUGUGCUAGGAAGUUAAGCUCUAAAGAAAAGAACGACAGUAUAGCCCUUAAAAUUGUGAUUUUGUUAAAUAAAGCUAUGCAAAUAACCUUACGAGUCGAAACAAUCCAAAUGUCAACGUUUGUCUCAAUGUUUAAGAAAAUCUUUUUUACAAUUUUCUUUUGAAAUGACCCGUGUAAAUCACUCUUACAUUGCCUUG